CACAUUUCAGGAAUUGGUAAUAUGGAUCGGUCAAAUAAUUUCCGUACCAACUUUGUUGGCCGCAUGGUUGGAGACAAAGCGGAAUGCAGUCGAUUCCAGAUUGAAGAACAAAUCCUACGCGAAGAUUCUGACGUUGACCUGACAAAGUUAGCACAGUUCGCCUUCAAACAUUAUGUGCCCAAAAUUCACCGUGUACCAAUUUGGAAAUUGUUGCUGAGAGUGUCGUCAACUGCACCGGAAGUGAGAAAAGACAUCACGGAACAUCGAAUGCAAGAAGCAGAAGUCUUAUUGUCAUCACUUCGCACGAUGAGAUUAAAUACUGAAAGGUCAGAUAAUGGUAAAGAAUUGGAUGUGGAGUAUCAUCCAACAGCUGUUGAUAUUGUGCGAAUGAUUCAACUCGGAAAUGAGACUACCAUAACGCACAGCAGUCACCAUGCCAUGGAAAUGGAUUUUCAGGCACAGUUAGCGAUAGCCAAACAAAUGUCAAUGAUUUGUGAAUCAAAUUGGGUCGACAUUUACUGGCUGACAAAGGUCUUCGACGAAUUGUUAUCUCAUAUAUUUACUCAAAAAAUCCUCACAGAGGUUGUCGAUAACCUAAAAAACCAACUUGUCAAGGCUUAUGCAGAAAUGGGGAAUGUUGAUGAACACAUUUGGGAAAAUAUGCCAAUGAAUUUUUGGAUACGAUGUGGUGGAGCAGUUGUGUUUGAUCAUGAACCCUUGUUAAAUUUAUGGGAUAAAGUAUGCAGUUCUGCUGAUUGUGGCGUAAUCAAAUUAUUAUCUACAGUGAUCUACAAUUAUCUUAUUGAACUGAAACCGUAUCUGCCAAAACUGCAGAUCAAUGAUUUUGCGUUAGGCAAAGGGAUCUUGUCAGUCAAGACUCAAAAUGCUAUCAUCAAAACUUCCAUUGAUAGUGUACUUCAGUCAGGAAGAUUUUGUUCCAAAAAAUAUGAAAUAUGAUAGGAUGGUUCAAACAAUAAGACAUUGGAAAUGAAAAAAAAAAAAAAACUAUUUACCUCCCCCUUAAUUAUUAUACUGUUUAAUGAAUUAUAUGAUGUACUUUUUUGUGGCAUAAAAAGUCCUUCCAAUGAUUUUCAAAUUUUGUUUAUUCC